AUGGCUCAAAGGCCGUGGGAGGUAUUACGAGAGACGGAGCUUACUUUGCAGGAGGCUCGUCAAUUCCUUAUAAAGAGUGAAGGGGGGGAAGUGGGACAGAAAUUGGAGCGUUCGAUAUAUAAGUGUGUCAAUGAUUCGAAAUUGAAUGACGUGUUGAGCAGCGGAGGCCAACGGUUAUUCAAGCGUUACCACUGUCGCGGGUUGGCACAAGUAAUGCCCCUGCACCUGCAGUACGUAGAUGUUGGUAUAAAAACAUUCCUCCGGAACUUCAACAUGUCCUUUGUGCCCGAACUGGGUGGUGUAUGGAUCGCUUGUCGGAAAGCCCGCUUAGUGGAACCUAAAGGCUUCACCUCGGACGCUGAGAAGCUCGGCAUCGUCUGCUUCCAACUCGUGGUUGAGGUACUCGUUUUCUGUCCCCAACCCGGUCUCAAUCUCACAGCACAGGUGACGGAAAUCCGGCACGACGGACUUUCCUGCUCCAUAUUCGGAUGCUUCAACGGACAUAUAGCACUUAACAGGCUCCUGGAAGGAAGCAAACCCAUCAUCAAUGAAGAAGACGAAUCUCUGAACAUUAUUGAAAUCAAGAACCCUGUCACCGGCAAGGCGCAAACAAUGAAACUUGGCAGCAAAAUCAAAUUCGUCGUUUACAAUAUUGUCUGUUUCGCAUCUGCGGACCAAGAGACCUACACCGUAGAAGGGUCCAUGCGGCCUUUGAAGAUCCGAAAACGAUGA